CUUCCCGCCCACACCGGCGUCUCCACCCGAGGCGCUGUCACACGGCUCGGAGGUGGGCGGAGGGGACGCGCACCGAGCCAGCCAGUGGGGCCGGGCCGGGGUCAAACGAGACCGGAGAUGUGGGGCUGGUGGCGGGUGGUGCCGCGGAUAGCCCAGCGGUACCCGUGGCCCACCAAUGUGCUGCUCUACGGGGCUCUGUACUCGUCCGGGGACGCGCUGCAGCAGCUGCUGCGGGGCUGCGAGCCCGACUGGCAGCAGACUCGGCGCGUGGCCACCGUAGCCAUCGGCUUCCACGCGAACUUCAACUACGGGUGGAUGCGGCUCCUGGAGCGCGCGCUACCGGGCCGCACACCGCGCGCCGUGCUGAGCAAGGUGCUGUGCGACCAGUUGCUAGGCGGGCCCAUCGCGCUGAGCGCCUUCUAUACCGGCAUGAGUAUACUUCAGGGGAAAGAGGAUAUAUUUUUGGACCUGAGACAGAAAUUCUGGAAUACUUAUAAGACUGGUCUCAUGUACUGGCCUUUUGUGCAGCUUACCAACUUCAGUUUUGUUCCCAUCUACUUGAGAACAGCAUAUACGGGACUCUGUGGCUUUCUCUGGGCUACGUUCCUUUGCUACUCGCAACAAAGUGGUGAUGGUACAGUGGGGUCAGUUUUUGCAUGGCUUAAGAAAACGGAGGCCAGUGAAGUCGAAAGGUCCCCAGAGAAAUGAUUGCUUUUAAACAAAUUGUUCUCAUGAAGUAGCCAAAAUUUAUUUCCUAAAAUGCAGUGAGUUGAACCAAGGAAAUAUUAUUAUUUAACAAUUCUUAUUUCUAAAUAUAGCAUGUUUCAUUGUGAAAUAUUAUUGUACCAUAGAGAAAAAGAAAUUUUGGUAUUAAUAGUUUUGUAUAUUUUAUUAUCAAAAUGUCUUUUCAAUUUUGUUUGAAAGAACAAAAGUGAUAGAACUAUUGCAAAUUUCAUUUAUCUAAUAUUUUAGUUAAUGUCAAUUAAAAAGUGUCAUUGCUUAAUAUAGCAACUGCUAUUGUUACUUUCUACCAUUCUUAUAAUUUGAUUUUAAAAUACCAUGAAAAUACAAAUGCCAGAUUUCAGAAACUACUGUUAUAAGAAAAACAGUGUGUGUGUGUUUUCAAACUUGAGAUACUGAAUUCUCAUCCUUCUCCUUUAGGCUCAUAGUCCUCUGUACCAAGAGUGGCCUUAAGGAAAGUCCUAUGUACACAGAAACCAAAUAAUGAGAAAGAUCAAAUAACUUUUUUUUUCGGAGUACCAUAUAUAAUUGAUAAUUAUGAUGAACUAAAGUACUGCAAGAUCUUAAUCAUCAAAGAAAGAUUAUAAAGUAGCUUUAGGGUCAAGUGUCUUUUAAUAUGUUUUACUUCUUUGAAAUCUGUUAAUUCUUGCUUCAAAUUUUAACUUUCAUUUAAAAUUUGAAUAUUCACUUAUAACCAGAACUUCUAUUUUCCAUUUCAAGUAAAUGGAAGUUUUACUUUCCAUAUAUAUUUUACUGAGAUAAAGCAACUUAAAUUUUCAAGAAAAUGUUGAAUAAAAUUUUCCUUUUUUUUUUUUAUCAUGAAGAACUUAUUUAGGGGUUUCAGUGAAAACAUCCCAAAUAUUGAUAUUAUUUAUGUUUAAGAACAUCAGUGAUUUCAAAUAAACUUUGUUUUGAUUCAGUUAAAAAUCACUGAAGGCUUAUCUACAUUAAAAGUUUAUAGUUUACAAAUUGUGUGUUUGUAAAAUGAGCCACAAAAAGAUUAAUCAAAAUUCAUGUAAAAAUGAAACCAUAAAUUUCUUACUUUCAUUGGGGUUUUUCCAGAAUUGUGAAAUGUGAAGCAUUGAGUUUUUGAGAAAAAUGUGUUUACCUUGUCCUAACUUAGGAGUAUAAUUUGUAUCAUUGAACCUACCAAAAUACAGUGUCUCUUUUUUAAAAGCUGUUGAAAAAUUUUGUAGGUGCUAAUAUAAUCUGUGUUUCAAGACAAUAAUAAGCUAAUUUAAAUUGCUUUCUUUGUUUUUCAAAUUGUGGUUUGUUGGUAGUGUUUUUCAAUAGCAUUUAUUUCAAGUGUAAAGCUAUUUUUCAAUAUGAAAUGCAAAAACAUUUUCAAAAUGACUUCUUGAGAAAAAAAUUACUAAUAUUUUUAGGUUUCACUUUUUAAUUAUUUUUAUGGUGGAGGAAUAGUAUUUGUGUUGCCUUGAUUAAAAGUUUGGGAACAGGGGCAGCUAGGUGGCACAGUGGAUAGAGUACCGGCCCUGAAUUCAGGAGAACCUGAGUUCAAAUACGGCCUCAGCCAUUUGACACUUACUAGCUGUGUGACCCCGGGCAAGUCACUUAACCCCAAUUGCCUCACCCCGCCCCCCCCCCAAAAAGUUUGGGAACAAUUGUAGAAUAAAACCUUUUUCUAUGUUGACAAAUUGAAGUAUAAUAGUCACAAAAAUUUUAAAAGGCUAUGGACCUUUCUUACUAAAAGAAUGGAUUAGUCACUAAAGCUUUAUACUCUCCCGAAUUUUUGCAAACAAUAUACUUCAGUUUCUGGUGUAAGAAUAUGUUUAUGUUACAAAGGGAAAGCUGAAGUUAGUUUCUGUCCACCAAUUUAAUUUUAUUUAUGGAGGAAUUACUACAUUUAAGGGACUGCAAUCUUUAAAGAGGUUACUACUUAAUUGUAAAACAUACCUUCAUGAAAAGUUAAAUAACAAUACAGGAAAUGUCACAAAGUAAUACAAUUGCCAAAUGAACAUGGAGACUGUAAGUGCUAUGAAUUUACAGGAGGAAAAAGCUCAUUGUAGAUCGGAGUGAUUUGCAAAAACUUCAUGGAGGAAAAGGGGUUUGCAAGAUGAUAGAUCUGGAAAGUCAGAGAGGAGGAGAAAGAACUAAGGGCAUCCUGGACAAUUUUUCUGACUGUAGCUUUUCAUUAAUAAUAAUAAUUUCACAUUUUUCUUAGCUUCAUGUAGAAGUUGGCUUUUGGUCUUUUUGCUUCUUCACAUUGGAAAUUUAUAGCUCAAAUGGACCAACUUGCAUAUUCAAGACUAUGAUGAGAUUGCAACUUUUUUUUUUUUUGGUGGGGCAAUGAGGGUUAAGUGACUUGCCCAGUGUCGCACAGCUAAUAAAUGUCAAGUGUCUGAGGUCAUAUUUGAACUCAAAUCCUCCUGAAUCCACAACUGGUGUUUUAUCUACUGUGUCUCCUAGCUGCCCUAGACAGCAACUACUAUUUUGGCUGAAUUGACCAAACUGAUGAGUUGUUGAUAUAGCCUUAAUAAUUUUUAAUAGUUUUACUAGGGCUGUUCAUUUACCAGGGGCAGACCAAAAGCUGUAUCUUCUAAUUUGCUCAGAUUUUCUAAAUGAAGUAAUUCUGUUAAAAUUAGUACUUUAAAAAAUAGAGCUGAAAUUUCACUCCCAUGCAUAGCAGACCAUUGUAUACAUUAAAAAAAUAAAUAUUAUCAUCUCUUUGCACUCCACUUGAAGGCACAGAAAAAUCUUUUCUGUUUCUUGCAAUGAACCUUUAGUGAAGUUGAACAUGAACUGUAUUAGUGGCAGAACAUUUGGAAAAAUGUAGUAUACCAUUCUAUACACCCACAUCUUGUAUUAAGAAAUAGGUUAGCCAUGUAUUCUCCAAGUAGUUUUUUUGUACUACUAAUUGGGUUCAUCUUCUGAUAAUAUUACCAAGUAAGCUAUCUCAGUGCCAGCACAUGUGGUCCUUGUGAUGGCCACAUUUACUUUGUGUUCAUAAAUAACAAGUGUUUGGAAUCAGGAAGGGACUAAAUCACUGAAAAUAUAAAUGAGAAAAUAUCUGUCUCUAAAAAAAAGUAUUCCUGUAAAGCUUCUAAGGGAAGAAUGACCCAGAGAUUUAAUCUGACUGAUGAAGUUGUAUUGUGCCGGUCACUGCUGCUGAAGCCCAGAAUAUAAUUUCUUCCUUGGUGGGAAGUUGUAAUGAAUCCAUUCAGGUUAAAACUUCUUAAAGAUUAAAGAUGAAAAAUAGUUGAAGAUUUUUAAAAUAGUACAGUAUGACAUACCAGACUAACAUUUU